UAUCAAUUUCACACAAAUUAUUAAUUAUUAUUGGGUAGUGAACAAUGGUGCACACAGAGGACACCCCUGCUUACAGACACUCUGUCGGUAUAGGCUUCCACCUGGAGCACACAGAAGUCGCCACCAACAUCUAUUUUUUAUGGAAAUCUACUUGCAGAUGAACUAGUCUUGUGUUUCGGUUAUAAUCCAAACUUCUAGCUUUAAUAGUGCAUUCAUGCUCAAACGUGUAUGCAUUUCUUCUAAUAAAUAUCAAAUUGUUUUGAGUGAUCAGAGGUUCGCUAAAGAUCGUCAACAUGAAGCAAAUUUUCAGUGGAAACUUUGGACACAGCAUCUUGCUGAUAUCCAAAAGCUCUCGUCACCCGAUUUCUGUAAUCACAACGAGAAACUUGAUGUCCGGGAAAUUGAGUAGAUUUUACCGACCCCUGCUUUGCACCCCCCAGAGCCGUUACUUUAUCAAUCCACAUCGAGGAUAUGCAAUGAUAGUGGGUCGAGUGUUGAGGGGAGUCCUCAAGAUUCGGUAUUUGUUGCUGGGGGGUGCUGUUGGGGGUGGUGUUACCCUUCAGAAGAAAUACGAACAGUGGAAGGAAGGCCUACCAGGGCUCGAGUGGAUGGAUAAUCUCAUGCCAACUGACCAGCAGUGGCAGGACUUCAGAGGAUCGUUGAUGGAUAUGAAGAAUAUUCUAGCUGAUAAAAUCGAAAUCGAUCCCCGAAUAAAGGAAUACAGUGAAGCCAAGUAUCGAGAAUACAAGUACUGGUUCAACCAGAGGUUAGAGGAUGCAAUAAAGGCAGCUGAGAAUCAGAGACUAGAGGAGCAAAAUGGGGAUUCGUCGACGAGUUUAUUCGAUGCACUCACAGCCAUAGCAAACCAAGUGUAUUCAGAUACUAAGAAGGAGUUGACGAAGAGUGCAGUGGCGUAUGCUAGACCUCUGAGCAGCGAUUACGAGGAGGAUCGGAAAAAAGCUCAAUCUUCCCAACAGAGGAUGGACGCAAUGCAGGAUGAACUCAUGCAGAUGCAAUUGAAAUAUCAACGUGAACUCGAGAGACUUGAACGUGAGAACAAAGAGCUGAGGAAGCAAAUGCUACUGAAGGGUAAUCAGAAGAUCAAUAGUCGAAAAAUUAAGAAGUCUCUUAUAGACAUGUACAGCGACGUUUUGGACGAGCUGAAUGAUUAUGACAGUGCUUAUUCGACUGCUGAUCAUCUACCCAGAGUUGUGGUGGUGGGUGAUCAGAGUUCGGGGAAGACUUCUGUACUGGAGAUGAUUGCCCAAGCGAGGAUAUUCCCAAGGGGCGGGGGUGAGAUGAUGACCCGGGCGCCUGUGAAGGUAACCCUUAGUGAGGGCCCUUACCACAUCGCCCAGUUCAAAGACAGCUCCCGGGAGUUUGACCUCACGAAGGAAUCAGAAUUAGCGGAAUUAAGGCGUGAAGUAGAGCUGAGAAUGAAGAAUAGCGUGAAAAAUGGGAAGACAGUCAGUCAGGAUGUGAUAUCGAUGACAGUCAAGGGCCCCGGGCUCCAGCGAAUGGUUCUUGUUGAUCUCCCCGGGAUAAUCAGCACUGUCACUGUUGAUAUGGCUGAAGAUACCAGGGAUGCCAUUCGACAGAUGACCCAGCAGUACAUGAGCAAUCCAAAUGCUAUUAUUUUGUGCAUUCAGGAUGGCUCUGUGGAUGCUGAGAGAAGCAAUGUCACUGAUCUUGUUGCACAGAUGGAUCCUAAUGGGAAGAGGACUAUUUUUGUCCUCACGAAGGUGGACAUGGCAGAGGAGAACCUCGCGAAUCCCGACCGAGUCCGUAAGAUUCUCUCAGGCAAGCUCUUCCCCAUGAAGGCCCUGGGUUACUUUGCGGUGGUGACAGGUCGUGGUCGUGCAGACGACAGUAUUCAAACGAUAAAAGACUAUGAGGAGAAAUUCUUCAGGAGUUCAAAGCUUUUUAAGGACGGUGUUGUGAUGUCCGGCCAAGUGACAACGCGAAAUUUGAGCCUGGCAGUCUCCGAGUGCUUCUGGAAGAUGGUCCGGGAGACGGUGGAGCAGCAGGCAGACGCCUUCAAAGCAACGAGAUUCAACUUGGAGACAGAGUGGAAGAACAACUUUCCGCGGCUGCGAGAACUGGACAGGGACGAGCUCUUCGAGAAAGCCAGGGGAGAGAUCCUGGACGAAAUAGUGAAUCUAUCACAGCUGUCACCGAGACACUGGGAGGAGGUCCUGAUGACAAGGAUCUGGGAGAAGGUGUCCAUGCAUGUUUUCGAGAAUAUUUACCUGCCAGCAGCGCAGACUGGGGACACUGGUACCUUCAACACAGCAGUGGAUAUUAAACUGAAGCAAUGGGCUGAGCAGCAGCUACCGGCGAAGAGUGUCGAGAGUGGCUGGGAGAGCCUGAAGCAGGAGUUUGAGAAUUUUAUGAGCAGGGCGAAGCAGAGUUCCGAUCAUGAUGAUAUUUUCGAUAAUCUGAAGAACGCGGUCGUCAAUGAGGCGAUUCAGAGGCACUCCUGGGAGGAGAAGGCCUCCCAGAUGCUGAGGGUCAUUCAGCUGAACACCCUGGAGGACAGAAAUGUCAAUGACAAGAGGGAUUGGGACGAGGCUGUCCGGUUUCUCGAAAACUCUGUCAAGGACAAGCUCGAGAGUACUGAGAAACUGUUGUAUGAGAUGCUGGGUCCGGGUAGAAGGGAGAGGAUCUUCUACUGGAAGAGCCAGACUGAGGAGCAGGCGAAACGAACGGCUGUUAAGAACGAACUCGAUAAGAUUCUUUAUUCUGAUAAGAGGCAUGCACCUGUACUUACCCAGGACGAAUUGACAACUGUCAGAAAGAAUCUUCAGAGGUGCGGGCAUGAUGUUGAUAAUGAAUUUGUCAGGUCCACUUGGCAUCCGGUGUACAGGAGAUUUUUCCUGCAGCAGAGUCUCACGAGGGCGUAUGACUGCAAGAAGGCGUUUUACAUGUACCAUAAUGGUCAUGAGAAUGAAACUGAGUGCAGCGAUGUCGUGCUGUUCUGGAGGAUUCAGCAAAUGCUGAAGGUCACCUCGAAGGCUUUGAGACAGCAGAUUAUGAAUAGAGAGGCCAGAAGGCUCGAUAAGGAGAUCAAGGAGGUGCUCGAGGAUUAUAGUCAGGACAGUGAUGUCAAGAGGAAACUGCUCACUGGCAGGAGGGUUGAACUCGCCGAGGAGCUGAAGCGCGUGAGACAAAUUCAGGAGAAGCUUGAAGAAUUUAUUCAGGCGUUGAACAAGGAAAAAUGAGUGGAUUAGCUCGGAAGCUCUGAGACAUUUAUCAUAUAAUGCCAAUGUACAGCGAUCCUGGUGAUCGAAGGCUUCAACACACAUUUAUUUCGACAAGUAAUGACCGAAGUACGCUGAGGGAUAAUGAGGAAUACCGUUGAACUGUAGUCCCGGAUUUCUCCCUCGAUGAUAACAUUGUUUCAUGCUGAACAGCCACGACGUAGAUACUGAUUGAAUUGUUUACUGAUUUAUUUCCUCCAUUGGGAGGAUGUAGACCAGGAAGCGAGACCUGGAACAUGACAGUGUUAAACUGCACGUUUGUUAGAAAAUGGUGGAAUGAAUAAAACUGUUCUCACACAAAAA